UGGAAGACCUUGAACCCUCUUCUGACAAGGGGUGCCCAUCCUUGCUUUAUGGGGCAACAGCCUGGAAAAGUUCUUGGGGACCAAAGAAGGCCAAGUUUGCCUGCCCUGCACUUUAUCAAAGGAGCAGGGAAGAAGGAAUCAUCGAGGCAUGGGGGCCCCCACUGCAAUGUGUUUGUGGAACAUGAAGCCCUGCAGAGGCCGGUAGCAUCCGACUUCGAGCCCCAAGGUCUCAGUGAAGCUGCCCGUUGGAACUCCAAGGAGAACCUCCUCGCAGGGCCCAGUGAGAAUGACCCUAACCUUUUCGUUGCACUAUACGACUUCGUGGCCAGUGGGGACAAUACUCUCAGCAUCACUAAAGGUGAGAAGCUCCGGGUCCUGGGUUACAAUCACAACGGAGAGUGGUGUGAAGCCCAGACCAAGAACGGCCAGGGAUGGGUCCCGAGCAACUACAUCACGCCCGUCAACAGCCUGGAGAAGCAUUCCUGGUACCACGGGCCUGUUUCCCGCAACGCAGCCGAGUACCUGCUGAGCAGCGGGAUUAACGGCAGCUUCCUGGUGCGGGAGAGUGAGAGCAGCCCCGGCCAGCGCUCCAUCUCUCUGCGCUACGAGGGCCGCGUGUACCACUACCGCAUCAACACUGCCUCCGACGGCAAGCUAUACGUCUCCUCUGAGAGCCGCUUCAACACCCUGGCAGAGCUGGUCCACCACCAUUCCACAGUGGCCGAUGGGCUCAUCACCACCCUGCACUACCCCGCGCCCAAGCGUAACAAGCCCACCGUCUAUGGAGUGUCCCCCAACUAUGACAAGUGGGAGAUGGAGCGCACGGACAUCACCAUGAAGCACAAGCUAGGUGGCGGCCAGUAUGGCGAGGUGUACGAGGGUGUGUGGAAGAAAUACAGUCUCACUGUGGCGGUGAAGACGCUGAAGGAGGACACCAUGGAGGUAGAAGAGUUCCUGAAGGAGGCUGCAGUGAUGAAGGAGAUCAAGCAUCCCAAUCUGGUCCAGUUGCUCGGGGUCUGCACGCGGGAACCCCCGUUCUACAUCAUCACCGAGUUCAUGACCUAUGGCAACCUGCUGGACUACCUGCGGGAGUGUAAUCGGCAGGAGGUGACCGCCGUGGUGCUGCUCUACAUGGCCACACAGAUCUCCUCUGCCAUGGAGUACCUGGAGAAGAAAAAUUUCAUCCACAGGGACCUCGCCGCCCGGAACUGCCUGGUCGGGGAAAAUCACCUGGUGAAGGUGGCUGACUUUGGCCUGAGCCGGCUGAUGACAGGCGACACCUACACUGCCCACGCAGGGGCCAAGUUCCCCAUCAAGUGGACGGCGCCCGAGAGCCUGGCCUACAACAAGUUCUCCAUCAAGUCUGACGUCUGGGCGUUCGGGGUGCUGCUUUGGGAAAUCGCCACCUACGGCAUGUCACCUUACCCGGGCAUCGACCUGUCCCAGGUGUAUGAGCUGCUGGAGAAGGACUACCGCAUGGAGCGCCCGGAGGGCUGUCCGGAGAAGGUCUACGAACUCAUGCGAGCAUGUUGGCAGUGGAAUCCCUCCGACCGGCCGUCCUUUGCUGAAAUCCACCAGGCCUUUGAAACCAUGUUCCAGGAAUCCAGCAUCUCUGACGAGGUGGAGAAGGAGCUGGGUAAACAAGGCACACGUGGGGCUGCGAGCUCCUUGCUGCAGGCCCCAGAGCUGCCCACCAAGACAAGGACCUCCAGGAGAGCAGCCGAGCACAAAGACACCCCCGAUGUGCCUGAGACGCCCCACUGCAAAGGCCAGGGAGAGAGUGAUCCCCUAGACCACGAGCCUGCUGUGUCUCCGCUGCUCCCCCGAAAAGAGCGGGGCACCCCCGAUGGAGCCCUGAAUGAGGACGAACGCCUCCUCCCCAAAGACAAGAAGACCAACCUGUUCAGUGCCUUGAUCAAGAAGAAGAAGAAGAUGGCCCCCACCCCACCCAAGCGCAGCAGCUCCUUCCGGGAGAUGGACGGCCAGCCCGGGGGCCGGGGCCUGGGAGAGGAGGACAGCCGGGAGCUCAACGGGGCGCCCACACUUGCCGCCCCCGACGCCACUGAACCCGCCAAGGCGCCCAAGCCCAGCAAUGGAGCCGGUGUCCCCAAUGGGGCCUUCCGGGAGUCGGGGGGCACGGGCUUCCGUUCCCCUCACCUGUGGAAGAAGUCCAGCACACUGACCAGCAGCCGCCUGGUGGCCGGCGAUGAAGAGGGCAAUAGCAGCACCAGCAAGCGCUUCCUGCGGUCCUGCUCGGCCUCCUGCGUGCCCCACGGCGCCAAGGACCCUGAGUGGAGGUCCGUCACGCUGCCGCGGGACCUGCAGUCCACCGGGCGGCAGUUCGACUCAUCCACCUUCGGGGGCCACAAGAGCGAGAAGCCGGCCCUGCCUCGGAAGCGGGUCGGUGAGCACAGGCCGGAGCAGGCGGCCAGGGGUACCGUGACGCCCCCGCCCCGGCUGCUGAAGAAGGGUGAGGAGGCUGCCGACGAGGUCUUCAAGGAUGUCCCGGAGUCCAGCCCGGGCUCCAGCCCUCCCAGCCUGACCCCCAAGCUCCUCCGCCGGCAGGUGGUCGUGACCCCGUCUGCUGGCCUCGCCCACAAGGAAGAGCCCAGCAAGGGCAGUGCCUUAGGGAGCCCACCAGCCACGGAGCCAGGGCCCCCCACCAGCAGGGCGGGAGCAGGCACCCCUGGGGGCCCCGGCAAAGGCCCUGCUGAGGAGUCCAGGGUGAGGCGGCACAAGCACACCUCCGAGUCCCCGGGCAGGGACAGGGGGCGGCUGUCCAAGCUCAAGCCUGCACCCCCGCCACCACCCGCCUCCACGGGGAAGGCUGGAAAGGCCACGCAGAGCCCUGGCCCGGAGGCCACGGGGGAGCUUGGCACAAAGACAAAACCCCCAGCUCUGGCUGCAGAGGCCCCAAACAGUGAGGCCGCCAAGCCCAGCCAGCUCUCAGAGGGCCUCAAGAAGCCGGUACUCCUGUCCGGGCCCAAGCCACAGUCGGCCACCAAGGCACCAGGGACGCCGACCAGCCCAGUGCCCACACCCUCGCUGCCAGCGCCACCCUCAAGUCUGGCAGGGGACCCACCAUCCUCCACUGCCUUCGUCCCCCUCAUACCCACCCGUGUGUCACUCCGCAAGACCCGCCAACCCCCUGAGCGCAUUGCCAGCGGGGCCAUCACGAAGGGUGUGGUCCUGGACAGCACAGAGGCACUGUGCCUCGCUGUGUCCCGGAACUCGGAGCAGAUGGCCAGCCACAGCGCCGUGCUGGAGGCUGGCAAGAACCUCUACACGUUUUGCGUGAGCUAUGUGGACUCCAUCCAGCAGAUGCGGAACAAGUUUGCCUUCCGGGAGGCCAUCGACAAACUGGAGAGCAACCUCCGGGAGCUGCAGAUCUGCCCGGCCACCGCGGGCAGCGGCCCCGCGGCCACUCAGGACUUCAGCAAGCUGCUGAGCUCCGUGAAGGAGAUCAGCGACAUUGUCCAGAGGUAGCAGAAGCCAGGACCCCCAGCUGGAGCUGCCUGUGGCCCACCAGGGCCUGCCCAUGCCUGUGACAGUGGCUGACCAAGCACCAGGAGCUGGGCCCAGGCCCAGGUGCUCUGCCCUGGGGCCGCAGCCCUCUGGGUCAGCCCUACUACCUACAUCGCACACGGCUGCAUCGCCACAUCGCCACAUCUUGCAUCUGGAGUCCCCACUCUGCAGACCGUGCUUGGCCGGCCAGGGCCUACUGGGCACUGUGGACAGCAAGCUCUGGGGCCAGCCAGUAGGGACUGUCACCGUCACGCUCCUGUGUGGAGCCCCUCCUCCAGCCGUGCCUUCUGCGUGAUACCUCCACCCUGGAGGGGGAGCCCCCAAACUCACUGUCUCCGCACCUGCCACACUGACGACACCGUGGGGGAGCCCCUUCCUGGGAAUGUUGUGCCCACCAGCGCCCCUGUCUAUCUCUGCACAUUGCGGUCACCACUGUCACUCCAGGCUGGCUCUUGCCGUCUCCUCGAAAGAAGGAAGCCAGUGGUUUGAGGGGAGCACGGGGUACACAACCAACCAUCAUGCCCUGCCUGGCUCUCACCCUUGUGAUGUUCGUUGGGAACCCUGGACAGGAAGCUCGAUCCCCGGGGUGGUGAGGGCCACCAGGCCUGGCUCCCAACCUGGCUCCUCACCCUCCCUGCACCUCCGAGACUGCACAGGUUCCUGUGGGAUCUCCCUGUGGCCUGACCACUUUCUGGUGGGGAGCUGCUGCCAGGCCCAGGGCACAGCGGGAAAGGCGGACUGCAGGCUGCCCUCGAGGACCCCCCGGGGAUUGCCCACAUCUUGGAACUCCACAAGUGCCCCCCCACCCCCGACCCUGUCAUCCCAUGAGCAUCACGCAGCCUGAUGUUUCUGUGGGUGCAUUGUGAGCAUGGGGGGACCCAGGUCAGUGUCUUACUUGCUGCGUUCUUCCCCAAGCUGCCUAGGCCCAGAGCCAAGGCCAGGACAUUGCCUCCAGGUCCCCUGACUGUGCAUGGGCAGCCCUCGGGAGCACGGGCGGGCACCCCAGCCACCUCAUGCCUGCAGCGUCCCAGGCCCACGUGUGAACUUCUCAGCUAAGCUUGGACUUCGUCUGUGCCAGACACAGUUCUCAUAGCAUCCUCCCUCACCCCCCAGGUGGCCUUGCAGAUGAAACCAAAGGCCUCCCAGCCCCACCCGCCCCGUGCCCAGGUCCUGCCCUUUCCUGGUUACCCUGUCGUGCCACUCUGUUUUGCAUUUAUACUUUGGUAAUUACACUUUUUAUAGACUCACUCUUUUAUACUUGGCGUGUAAAUAGUUUUCCACCGUGUCCCCCUGGAGUGCCGUGGUCCCUGUGUUUUUUCCCCGGUCCAGUGCAUUUGUUUCUGUAUAUGACUUCGUGUUUUUUGAAUCCAGAUCUCUCCUCUGUAGUAUUUUUUAAAUAAAUAAGUGUUUACAAAAUGA